CGGGCGCCCCUACCUACCUACCUCUUCAUCAUAUCUUGUCCAUGCCGUGGGACGCACAAGAAGGAGAGGCAUCCAAGUCGAGACUUAGAAUUGACAAAGAACGGGAAUCGAUGAAGAGAGAUCAAUCAAGUUGAGGAAGAAUCGGACAUUUCACUCGCAGAAGCGGAUGAGCGAUAGCCAGCAAAAGGUGGAUGGUCGAGAUUGGAUGAGGCUGGGCAGGCACAUUCACGAUUCGGCGCGGUGUUUGAAGGGCAAGGGUCAAGACGUGUGCGAAGGAUUUUGCUUUGCACACAUCAAGAGCGCAAGAUAGAGCCAAAAUACAAGCAGAGCCUCGAAAUGAUCAGCAAAAGCUGAGAUUGAAAUGACGUCUACGAGCAAAGCGGAGCGAGUGGCAGCUCAGACGAGCGACAGGGAGCCUUGCGGCGCCUUGCGAACCUGCAAACCUUACUGGCACGCAUUCGAGACGCGAGCCAAGCAGAGGUGGCAAGGUCGAUCGCUGGUAGACAUUUUCGUCACCGAAUUUCGAGAUCGCACGUUGGAAUACUACGUCUGGGCCAUUCGCUCAGGUUACGUCACCAUCAACAGCAACAUCGUCGAUCCGACGUAUGUGCUGAAGGAUGGAGACACGAUGCUGAACAAGAUUCAUCGUCAUGAACCGGCAGUCUCGGCCGAGCCAAUCAAGAUCCUCUACCACUCGCCGGAACACGGUAGGCUGGUCAUCGUCAAACCCGGAAGCAUUCCUGUUCAUCCAGCAGGCAGAUACGCCAAGCACACGCUGCUCAGCAUGCUCCAAGAAGCGCUCGGUCUGGACCUCAUCUACACGUCAAACAGACUCGACAGGCUCACUUCGGGAAUCAUGAUUCUCUCCUUGACACGUCCUACCGCCCAAAAAUUGUCCAUGGACAUGACACAAGGUCUGGUCCGAAAAGCCUACGUCGCUCGAGCUCGUGGCAAAUUUCCCACUUCCGAUUCGGAAAUCGUCACGUGCAGAGAGCCCAUCUUGGGCGUGGACAGGCAGACAGGUCUGAAUGUGGUGCAUCCGCUCGGCAAAUCGUGCGAGACAAUGUUUCAGAGAAUGUCGUAUGACGAGACGAGCGAUACGAGCGUGGUGCUCUGUCGACCCAUCACUGGUCGCACGCACCAGAUCCGCGUGCAUCUGCAAUGGCUCGGUCAUGCCAUACCCAACGAUCCGAUCUACGCGCACGAGGUCUGGAUCAGCGACCCCGACGUGCAUCCCUGCAAUUUGGCAAAAGUGACGAUCGGUAAGGACAGGAACAACUUGGAACCGGGCAUGGACGGGUAUAAUGCCGAAACGGCCGGAUGUCCCGAAAUCGCAAAAGUCGUUGCGGCGCUCAAGACGGACAAGGACGACAAGGAGGAUUGGGCGAGGUGGAGGGAUGAAGUCAAGUUUGGAGAAUUGUGCCAGCAGCAAGGAUGGCAGUUGCCUCGCGUCGAAGGUCCGAAUGCUCAGAGCGCCGCCGAUCCUCGCAGAAGAGAUGCGACUGGGGCUCAAGCUGAACUCGUCAACCCCGCGGACGAAGGAAUGUCUUGCGAGGUUUGCAAGGUUCCACUGCAGCCCGAUCCACCUCUCUCUUCGCUGUACAUCUACUUGCACGCCAUCAAGUACGAGACGGACGAAUGGGCAUUCGAAGACGAGCUGCCUUGGUGGGCACGGCAAGAUUGGCGCUCUCGAGCCGCAUCUGAUGCUAAUCCCGCCGUAGCCAGCGAGGACAAGAGCGUCUGGCCGACAGUGGUUCAGGCGCAAGAUGCCAAAGUCUCCACGAGCCCGAAUGGUAAGCUGCAUGUUUACAUGCACGAUUCGGCUCUGCCCACGCUCCAGCAGAGCAGGCAGGAUUUGGACGCGCAGUCUCAGUCGUCUAGUACCACGACGCCUGCUUCAACGACGCGCCCUGGCUCGGGAGAGAUGGACGAGUCUGCUCGGGCUUCCGCAGCUCGAUCGCGCAGACCACUGGUCGAUUCGCAGCUUUGCGCAUCCCUCCCGACAGAGGUCGAGCUGCCGAGCGCCACACCAUCCGUAAUGCUCGAAGUGUGGGGAGGUCUUGAAGAUUAUGCUCAGCGCGACAUCGAGGCUGUACUCCGACAUUACCAACCAGACGUAGGUCGCAACUUGAGCCACAGCGCUCUACAUAGCGGCCACUUGAUCGUGCAAGCAGGCAAAGCGUCCCAGCUCGCCCUACGUUUGUACAUCUCAGGUGCCCUGGACAGCGUCAAAUCGGCCAGUCUCUUGCUGCAUCGUUGCCAACUUCCUGCUCCUCUGUUGGCACAUUUGCAAGCCGAUAGGGAAGCUAUCGGCGAGCGCAAAAGAAACGACCGCAAAGCUGCCGAAGCUGAGAAGAAGCAGAAACGCAAAGAGGCUCAGCAGCGCGAGGUGGAAGAAGCUGCAGAAAGGCGCAAAGAGAGAGGUAUCGCACCAGCAGCGGCGCCGAUCACGCAGAAUGACAGCGAGCCGAAAAAUGAAGCGGCAGAGGUGGUGGUGGAGCGGCUUGCGACGAAGUUGCGCCACAAACCAAACACCAAGCAAAAAUCGCAAGCUGGCAAAGCGCAGUCUGCAACUCCAGGUGCUGGUAAGAUCGAGCUGAACGAGCAGGGACAGGCUCCUUCAGAACUCGAGUUGCUGCACUUUCUGGAUCAGGGCUGGAAGAUGACGAUGCAGAGUGCGCAAAAGGGCGGCUUGAUCGACUUGUGGACGCGCAUCAUUUCUGCGUUUGGGGUCGAUGUGUCAAGCGAGACCCUGCGCACGUUCAGGGCCACGGUUGAAAGAGCGACGUACAUCUUUCCAACGCUAACCCAGCUGUACUUGGAAAGCCAGCUGGGCGAAUCGGUUGGUCUGUGGCUUCAAGAUCUAGAGAAAGAACGCGGAUCGAGCUCAAACCCUUGGCACGUCUCUCUGCGCGAUCCGCCGCCUUCUUUGAACUUGACCCUCAAAUUCGUUCGGAGCCUCGGCACGGGACAAAGUGCCGCCGAGAUUGCCAAAGAUUUGACCGUCACCACUCCUGCCGGCAGCGUGGCUUGGUGUUUGGCACUGCCCUCCGCAAGAACUACAAGGCCAUCGGAGGGCGAGCAGUCGGACCGGUUCGCCGAUCUUGACUCAAGUCACAUCUUGCCAAAAUCACCGGCCCACCGUCCGCCCAUCCCAACGGAUCUCAUGGAAGGCGGUACAGCUCUAGCGCGAUACAGAGCCUACCUGAUGACUAUCGCCUUUCCCAUCCCAUUCGAUCGCUCGCCAGACGAAAAGCUUCGCAUUCUGGAGCCUUGCGUCGGCAGCGGAGGAAUUGCCGUGGAGCUCUUUGCCGCUCUGCGAGCGCGAGCGCAGCAAAAUAUCGAGGUGUACGCUUGCGAUGUGGAUCAAGACGAGGUGACUCGAGCUUCGCGGAUGUUUCGUCUUUGCGAGAGCUCGCACGAUUCGUCCAGCGCUGCAACGAUCCAGCUCGCACGCAUCGACUCCGCCGAUCCGUCAGCUCUGGCAACGUUUGUGGGAGGUAGAGGCACGAUGGAUGGCAUCAUUACGGAUCUUCCGUGGGGACAUCGAGUCUCUUCUCAUCAGCAACUUUCCAAAUUGUAUCCUCGACUCGUACAGGCUUUUUGCCACGUCUUGAAAGCUGGAGGCGUAGCGCUGCUCAUGACGGCAGAACAUCUGAUGCUUCGACGCGCUACCAAGGCGCUAGAAGCAGCAGUCAGAAAGUCUGGAGGUGGCUUUGUCCUCAAGUAUAUUCCUCUCGCCUUGGAUUUGGAAAGCCGGCCACAGGAAGAAGUCUCUUUGGGGCAUGCCGAUCUCGUGCAGACAGGUCAAGACGCUGCUUCAUUGAAUGAAGGAGAGAGAGUCGUGGAUGUUGGCUACAAGGUGUACCUUUGUCUUCUGCAGAAAGUCUGGUUGUGAGGUGGAGCUGGACGAAAUCCGAAAGGUUGUCAAACCACGCGCUGCCAGCCGUACAAUCGUG